AUGGCCAAGGCCUUGCCGCGCCCGUCACAGGCUGCGUCCCGUCACACAUCUCCCGCCCGGCGCGCACAGAAGCUCCGUGGAGCGCACGAUGCACCCCACGCUGGGAUCGCUGCGAUGCCCAUUUACGCACACGUGCCCGAUUGCCCUCCUCACCUCUCUGCUCUACCACUUACCACCAACGCCUCGACGUGUCUUGCUCUGCUGCCUCUCGCGCAACCGUCUUGUGCGCGCCUCCUCUCGCCAUCCGAACCAGCGCCGGUUGUCGGAACUCGUACAGUGCUCAAAGCGGAAGAGCGAGCAGCACCCAGCGGAAGCGGCCGCACGGGGAAUAGCAAGGCCGUGCGUGCGCUGCUCGCCAUCGUCGCCGUCAUCGCCGCCCAGUUUGCCGCGCUGCCAAGUGCUCUAGUGGGUGGGUGGCAUGCCUCAUCUCUGCCUUCCCUGUCCCCGCUUCCGUGCCGCGCUGUGCUGCAGACGACAUCUGCCUGCCAGUAUGCGUACUGCCCUGCCAACUCCAAGUGCAGCGCACCCGCCGACGACCGCGUGCUAGUGUCGUGCCAGUGCGACCAAGGCUACAUCGUUGUUGGCAACACAUGUCAGCGUCCCGUAACCACAGGACCUGCCGUUGAAACCACAGGACCUGCCGUUGACACCACAGCUCCUUUCAACGGAAACACCGACAGCUGCCAACGAGAACACCGCGACACCUGA